AUGACCCUCGCUGCAUUCGUUCGCCUGACUGCCAUCGCUGCCACUCUCACGGCCACCGUCGACGGUCAGCUUGAAUUCAACGGUGACAUCCUCCCAACCAAGCUCAACUAUCAAGAGUACAUCUCGACCACCAAGGAAUCGACGGCGCACAUCGACAUUGAGCCGCUUAUCCUCGGAGGAAGCAUCGUCCCUCCCGGUACCAAGACGUACACGACGGGUGUGCGUCCGACGGCCAACGGCACGGACUUCUGCGGCGGCUCCCUCAUCACGCCGACGCACGUGCUUACUGCUGCGCACUGCAUGGCUGGAGACAUCCAAUACGUCUCGGUCGGCACGCAUUUCCUUAGUGGCACCGAAGACGGCGAGCAGAUUAAGGUCGUCAACAUGACGCGUCACCCCAAGUACGCGGCCGAGACCAACUCGUACGACUUCCUGGUGCUUGAACUAGAAAAGCCAAGCACGUUCCCACCUGUUGCACUCGCUGAAGCCGACGACUCGGACGUCGCUGCUGGCGGCAAUGCGACGGUCAUGGGGUGGGGAGCCACCGCGCAAGGCGGCGAGCAGUCGAACGAGCUGCUUCGUGUCGAUGUGCCGCUUGUGAACAACACUGCGUGUGCCAAGGUCCUGGACGUGGACGCGACGAUGCUGUGUGCAGGUGGAGAACUCGAUAAGGACUCGUGCCAGGGCGACUCCGGUGGUCCGCUCAUCAUGGAGCAGUCGGUCGAAGACGUGCUUGUUGGCGUCGUGAGCUGGGGCAACGGCUGUGGACGUGCCGGAUACCCGGGAGUCUACGCGCGUGUAUCCAUUGCGAGACAGUGGCUAAGCAGCGUCGCCCCAGACGUCAAGUUCCGCUAG